AUGGCACCCACUACGAAGCGAACGAAGAACAUCAAAGUUCAUGUUGCACGACACAACUCCCAGCGAAUUGGUCCGGCGCUUACUGCCAAAGUCGAGGAACUGGCGAAACAGGCGAAGUUGAGGACGGAUUUGAGGCAGCCUACGAAUGAGCCGUCAAGUACCAUCGCCCAAGCUAUUGAGAAUGCGAGUGACUGGAACUCAAUGCUCUUAACCGCCCGAGCCGAACGCGGUCCGCAAUGGGAUAUCGGCACACAACAAUUCCUAGUCGAAGUAAACUCAACGCUCUACUUCGACCCCACCCCCGUCCGCACCCACCUCAAAGACGAACGGCCCGCCCCAUCCGCCUCAAACCCCUCCUCAAACUCAAUCUCACACCCAAGUAACGCCUCCGCCUCACACUCAAACUCAAGAGGCCCUCCAUAUAUACCGAACGGGAACAUAUCCAUCGGCGGUAUGAACCCCAGCACGCCCCAACGCAGCGGGCCGGGUAUGACUGGUGGUCCUGGCAUGGGUGGGCCCGGGAGCAUGGGUCCGCCUAUGAUGGCUGGCUCGCCGUACGGAGCCGUUCCGCCAAACUCGUUUUAUGGGGAUGCGAGGGGUGGGGGUGGGCCGCAGAUGAUGACGCGGGGCAUGAGUCUGGAGGGGAUGCCUGGUGGGAGGCGGAUGUAG